GAAAGAAAGAAAAGAAUUGAAUGAAUUUAAUUUGAUGGAAGUUUUUAAAAAUUGGAGUGGGUGAGAUUCUGACCUGAUUCGUAGACCAAGAGAGCAACGAAGAAAAAAGAAAUUUUGUUGAAACCCCAUUUGUCGGAUCUGAGAAGAAAAGAGUUUUUCUUUCUUUCUUUCUUUUUUUAAUUACCCUUUUUAAUUCCCAUUGAGCAUUCUUCGCCUUUUGAUGAUGCUCCUCCCCCCAUUGUCAGAUUUAUUCUUCUGAAGAAAGGAAAUCGCAAGCAGCUAAAGCACAACCAAACAUUUUUCUGCCCCCCAUCACUCCUUGUUUUUCUUUUUAUCUUCUUCUUCCUUGAUCCUAAGUCAAGUCCAUUUCACCCAUACUAAAACACUCCUAAAAGGAUCUCACUUCUUUCCAUUUGUUCGUUUGUUUCUUUGUGUUUAUCUUCUAAACAAACCCCCCCACAGAUUUCUGUGCAACAAAUGUAUCUGGGUUUCUAGUUUCAGGGACUGAUUCUUCUUCGAGGUGUGGCAGUGUACAGAAAAUGGCUACUGAAAUACAAGCUGCACCUGCAGAGAACCCCAGCUCCAAAAGGCAAGCUUGGUGAGUUCUGAGUUAUUAUGUCUUCCCCAUUUUUAGACCUUUGGUUUAAGCUCUCAUGUCAACACUUCUUUUCUGGGUUUUGUUUUCACAGGUUCUGCACCACUGGUUUACCGAGCGACAUUGUCAUCGAAGUGGAGGAUAUGGCUUUCCAUCUCCAUAAGUUUCCUCUAAUGUCAAAGAGCCGGAAGCUUCACAAUUUGAUAACCGAGCAAGAAGCAAAUUGCUCUACUCCUACCAGAGAGAAUCAAAAUAAAACCGCUGAAGCAGAGCAACAGGAAGAAGAAGACGAAGACGAAGAAGAAGAUGAUGAAGGUGAGGAAGAUCACUGCCAUAUAGUGCUCUCUGAUUUCCCCGGCGGUUCUGAUAUUUUCGAAAUGGCAUCUAAAUUCUGCUACGGCGUGAAGAUCGACCUCAACUCUUCCAAUGUCGCUCCUCUCCGCUGCGCCGGAGAGUUUCUGGAAAUGACGGAAGAGUACAGCGUAGAAAACCUAAUCUCAAAAACCGAAAAAUAUCUCUCCCAAACUGUACUCAGAAGCAUCAAAGAAUCAAUUAAAACGCUGAAAUCUUGUGAGCCUGUAAUGCCUCUGGCCGAGACCUUAAGCAUUACGCAGAGAUGUAUCGAUUCGAUCGCUUCGAAAGCGCCAUCCGCCGAUCCAGCUUUGUUUGGAUGGCCAGUCAGCGAUGGAGCCAAUAGCGCUCAAGAUCAAUCGAAGCAGAUGCUUUGGAACGGAAUUGAAACUGGAGGGCGAAAGAAGAGCGGUGGUAGAGGAAGCAAGGGAGGGUCAUGGUUUGAGGAUCUCGCCCAGCUCAGUCUGCCUCUGUUUAAGCGGUUAAUUUUCUCCAUGAGAGAUCGAGAUGUGAGCUCGGAGAUUAUUGAGAGCUGUUUAAUGAACUACGCUAAGAAAUAUAUUCCAGGUAUAUCCAGGUCCAACCGGAAGCCAUCGUUACCAUCUGCCUCUUCCUCUAGUAUGCCUACGGAGACUGAUCAAAAGGAGUUGUUAGAGACCAUAAUCAGUAAUCUUCCAUUGGAGAAAAGCUCAAAAACUCCAACCGCAACAAGGUUCCUCUUCGGACUACUGCGGACGGCCAAUAUAUUGAAUGCUUCGGAAGUUUGCAAAGCUGCUUUAGAGAAGAAAAUAGGAUCGCAACUGGAACAAGCAACACUGGACGAUCUUCUAAUUCCGAGCUAUUCGUAUCUGAACGAGACCUUAUAUGACGUUGAUUGUGCAGAGAGGAUCUUAUCUUACUUCUUAGAGGGACUCGAAGAGAAAAAUGCAGAGGUAGCUGAAGUUAAUCAAGCUGUAGUCGAGGAUGAUGGUACCAGAUCGCCAGCGUUAAUGCUCGUCGGUAAGUUGAUAGAUGGAUAUCUCGCGGAGAUUGCCUCAGACGGCAAUCUGAAGGCGGAAAGAUUCUACAACCUCGCAAUUUCUCUCCCUGAACAGGCUAGACUCUUCGAUGACGGUGUUUACCGAGCCGUCGAUGUGUACCUCAAGGCCCAUCCAUGGAUCUCCGAAGCAGAACGCGAGAAGAUAUGUGGAGUAAUGGACUGCCAAAAGCUGACACUAGAGGCAUGCACUCACGCUGCUCAGAACGACCGUCUUCCACUCCGAGCAGUAGUGCAGGUGUUGUUCUUCGAACAGCUGCAGCUCCGUCACGCCAUCGCUGGAACACUCAUGGCUGCGGAGACAGUACCGGCGGAUACCGGAAGAUUCUCAGGCGUAUCCCGUCGUGAAACGGAGGAUGUGGAACGGGGAGUGGGAGAGGAAUUGGAGGAGGAGGAGGAGGAAAUCCCGGCGGGAGCAAUAGUGCACGAGAAUGGCACGUGGAGAGAGACGGUGAGAGAGAAUCAGAUGCUUCGGUUAGAUAUGGAUAGUAUGAGGACGCGGGUGCAUCAGCUUGAAAGAGAGUGCUCAACGAUGAAGAAAGUGAUCGAGAAGAUCGAUAAGGCCGGGAGCCCACAAGGUAAUGGAGGAAGAUGGCGAGCGUCGUUGAUCAGACGGUUGGGAUGUAAGUUCAAAACCCAGGUAUGUGAUUCACAUGAAUCAGCGGUCCUGGAUGGCCGAAGAGGACGAAACCACCAGCACCAGCACCAGCACCACCACCAUCAUCAGCCAUAGAAACGAUAACAGGUCAGCUUUCCUCUGUGCUUGAGUGGGUCCAAUUGCUCAUUGUACGGAAGUUAACAGUGGAUGCCACGCAGGCUUACUUCCUCCCUUACCCUUACCCUUACCCUUACCCUAAACCCUUUCCCUUUCCCUUUCUUUCCUUUUCUUUCUUUCUUUCUUCUUUUUGGGGUUAAAAGAAAUUUGGGAGUUGUAAUUUUACAAAUUUUGUGAUUUGGGUAAAAUCAAAUUGUUGCUGCUACCACGCACCGUUUUGAUUGUGGCACGCCUUUUCGAGCAAUGGGUAGUGUAGGUUAAUUUAAGUUAGUAUGAAACGGACGAAUGAGAUACGUGUGGCCUCUCUCAUUUUUAUUUGUGAAUCAAUUAGUUCUUAAUUAAUUGCACAUUGCAAUUUGCAAUCAA